AUGCCCUCCUCCAGCUCCAGCGGGUACAGCCGUCACUCCCGCGGCAGCGAAGGCCAUCGCUCUCGCUCCUCCAUUCAGCAACUCAUCACCUCUCUUGAGACCCAUCGCGUCAACACCUUGACAGAGCUCUGCCGAAUCGAGCGCAUCGCUUCCACCUGUGAAGAUGAAGAUGAUGCUCUUGCCUUCCAAGGCCCCAUGACCGCCGCCUGGGAUUAUUACGUCUCGAGCAACCAGCUUCUCACCGAGCUUCGCGGCCUCACCCGUGCCUAUCCCUUCAGCGGCGAUGUCGUCCGCGACGCGCACCGGCUUGUGCGGAACGAUCCGGAUUCGAACCGGAGCUGGAACUUGGCGUGGCUGAUUCUGGUCAAGAUACAGGAUGAGUAA